CAUAAAUGGUUGGUGUAUAAAUAGAGGUCACACAAAAGGUGUUGUAAACAUUAGCUUCUGGACCACGCAAUUUACAGCGUCAACAUAUGGAAAUGAAGAUCACCUUGGCGCUUUCGUUUUUCAUGGCGAUCAUUACAUGGACGGUGUGCCAAGCAGAUGAAGAAGACGUGCCUAAAUGCGACCAUAUUGGCUACUCUCCAUUCACAAUAAGAAAAGAAAUUUGUGGAUCCGAUGGACAGACAUACAGCAACGACAAACACCUCGAGUUUGAAAACUGUCUCUACAAACGAGAAAUAAAGAAAGCAAAGAACGGAUGGUGCAAGGAAGAAGAUCAGAAGAGAGCUGACGAACAACGCCGAAAGUUAAUUGAAGAAUACGUAAAGAAGCUCGAGGAGAUAGAAAAUAAAGGCUAAUGCCUGUCUUAUUUGAAAGAUCCUUCUGUUAGUCUCACUGGCUUACCCGUAUAAAUUGUAUAAUUAAACAAGGAAUAUUUACAUA